AUUUAAAGACCUGUUUUCACAGGGAUACCCAAGAACUCUCAGGAAGUACAGUGACUAUUGCACUCAGUAUUUACGUAAAUUUUAUAGCGGUUGACAUUGUUUGAGAAGCAGUGGCACUCAAUGUUAAUUUCAAUUGAUAUUAAAAAUAUUAUCUUAGCUUCAAAAGGUUAUAUCCUAUAUAAAAGCACCGAUGGAGUCAAUCAGGGAAGGAAGUCAUAAAGGGCAAUGAAAAAAAGUUUGUUAGAACGCAACUUGGGCGGUUGUCACACGUCAAAUCUCCUGAAUCAUGACCUCAUGAUUUAUCUACAAUUCCGAAGCGUCGGCUCACAGAAAUCUACCCUAAUAUUCCUUCAACAGUCACUGUUACAUGGUUAGCUUCAGAAACCGGAGCUCGGAGCCGGAGAGUGAGAGAGACACGUCCGCUCGGGCCCCGUCGCCGCGGGGAGGAGAACGCCCGGAGCGAGGGAGAGAGAUGAUUUCCGACUGCGCAUGCGCACUCCGCGCCAGAGUCAUUCGGUGGGUUCAGCGCAGUUCGAGCUGCCAUUGGCUGGUGUUGCCGCUGACGUCAUGAUCAUGAGAGCAGGUGUGAUUGGACGUGACUGAUUUUAUUGUCUGGCUCGGAGAGCAGGAGAAUUCUGCUGAAUUGAUAUUCUUCUGAUUUUUGCAGGCUUCAAGCUGAGGAAUCGUGCAGUGCAAGGUGGAGCAGCAGUCUUGACUUACAAAGUUAUCCUCGAUCGAAUGUGACAGGAGGGUCAGGAGCCAAUCAGAAUGGGGGAUUGUCCACAGAUGAAUCUACGUUCUAUAUUCACAGAGGAACAGCAACGAGUAUUGCAACGUUAUUAUGACAGUGGAAUGACAAAUCAGAGUAAAAAUUGCUUUGGAUUAAUAAUACAGUGUGCUCGUGAAACAGGUUUAGAUUUUAAUGUAGUCAGGACUUGGAUUGGGAAUAAAAGAAGGAAAUUGAAUUCUACGAAAUACAGCUUGGAUGAUGCACCGUCAACGCAAGGGUCAGCAGGUAAUGGUAUGGUGGGAAAAUCUGAGGCACCUGUGAAAAAUACAAGCCUUGUCUCUCCAUCUCAGUGCCAGCAAACUAUUUUAACAUCGCCAUGCAGAAAUGUAAUGGUAACUGGUGUGUUUACUUCCACUCAUUCUGCAAGUAGACAAGGGUUGUCUCACCAGAAAGAUGGCCACAGGUGUGAAGUUUCCAAUCUUGCAUCCAGGCCAACUGGGCGAACCAUUUCGGAAAUGGAAUUACAACAUGUCUCUGGCCAAAGACAACCUGUCUCUAAAAACCCUGCAAUUACUUUUUGUGAGAAAAUGACUCCUGGAUCGAGACCAUUGAAUCUUCAUAGUCCUACCAACCCCAUAUAUACAACCAGUGCAAAGAAUUAUAGCCCUGUUUAUGUUCAGACUGAAGUAAGUAGAGUACAGACAGCAACUGCUAAGUCAAUUGGUGGAUGGCCUAAACAGUUUAAUUCAACCAUUGCAGAAUGUCCACGGAAGCUCAGUUCUGAGCCUCCUUUCUCAAGAAGUAUGUCCAGCUGUGUAUCUGAUUCAAAGGUUACAAGAAAUGCAGGAGACCCUGCUGUCAGCUCUCUCCAGAUUCGUGAUGUAUACUCACUAGCAGGCAGUGAGCAGUCCCCAAAAAACAGAGGGGAUCAUGCAUUUAGGAACUCCUGUCAUAUGGAAAGUGGGUGCUUUUCCAUUGCCAUGGAAACUGGAGAUGUUGAUGAGUAUGCAAGGGAGGAGGAGCUUGCAUCAAUGAGUUCAGAGCUGAAGCACCAUCCAAGAGUUUCUGAACCAAAUACGUCAAAAGAAAUGGAGUGCACAAAUACAUCCGUUGUAACGCCGACGAGACACGUAAGCUCUGGCUCAAUACAGGCCAGUGGAAGGGAUGUUUCUGGAAGUGUAUUCUAUCCUAGUGGAGAAUUCAGGGCGCCUGGGACAACAAUGAUCUUGUACAGUAAUGUGAAUUCAUCAGAGGACUCGCUGAACACCCGCCUUCCAUCAACUAGAAACCAAAGAUCAACUCCCAGUCAAGGCAACUAUCAGGUGUCAGGAUCUCUUCUAUUGCCUUGUCUAACCGGAACCUCAAGGAAAAGAACACUGCAGGAUCGUACACAGUUUAGUGAGAAUGAUCUGGCUGUUCUGAAAAAAUAUUGGGAUGUGGGUAUGACCAGCCUGGGGUCAAUAUGCAGAGAAAAAAUAGAAGCAGUCGCAAUGGAGUCAAAUGUGGACUGUGAGAUUGUCAAGACAUGGAUAGGAAAUCGGCGAAGGAAAUAUCGCCAGCUGGGCAUUGAGUUACCUCCUGCGCGUGGUGGACCAGCUGACUUUUCAAUUCUAUCAAAUGCAAGUUCACCUGCAUUGUCUGAAGUCAAAGCUGAAACAACCAGGACUCCCGAAAAUUCUGAAGAUAAUGACAAGAACAAAGAUGAUGUCAGUUUAUCUGAAGGUGUUCCAAGUGAAUUGGAACAAAGGGAGGAGGAAGACGAGGAAGAGGAAGAAGAAACUGUAGAAGAGAAUGGUGAUGGAGGAAGUAUUAGCGAUGGAUCAUGCAGUAUUCCAACAUUAGAAAAAGUGAAAUUAGAGGUACUUGAUGAUGAUGCAGUUGAGAUGAGCAGUUGUGAUCGCAUAGCAGUGGAAGUUGAGCAGCUUCAAAAAUUACUAAACUUAAAGAAUGAUGAAAUGAAGUACCUUGAGAAUGAGCUGGAGAAACAAAAACAGAAAUACCUCCAUCUUCGGAAUUUCACCACAAGUUUAGUUCAUGCAGUUAAAACAAAUGACACAGAACAGCAACAGAUGCUGCUGACAAAUUUGCCUCCGGACACUGAACAUAACUUGGAUUCACCUGGCAACCAGGAACAAAACUAAUUAGGUUUCCUCUGUAUCAGAGGAUCUUAGUGAAUAUGAAAGCCUUUUGGAAGUGGUAAAGACUUGUUUAAAAUUAUUUGUAUUAUUGUUAAAUAUUUUACAUCUUUAAAAAUAAGACUGCUUAUGCUACAGCUUGAUCACAAGAUGAAACAACUGCAGAA